AUGUCUUCUGGAGAAGAAAAUUCUUCAGAGAGUCCUACUAUGGAGUUAAGUAUUGAGGAAUCAAAGCCGAAUAUACAGCAUCCUGUUACCGCUCCAUUAGCAUCAAACAUCUCUUCAAAUCCCCCGGCUUCACUGCCCCAAGUUCUGAGUACGUCAAACUCACCACCACCAGUACUACCUCAGCCACCUCCUACCAUUGCUUCACUACCUCCACCACCACUGCCACUUUCUAUCGUUACUCGACCAUCACCACCACCACCCAGAUUUUCUAAUAACCACAAUGACGAUCGUUAUUUCCAUGGUUUCCCACCUGGAUAUAGAUUUUGCCCUCAUGAUGAUGAGCUGGUGUUACAUUACUUGUCCAAGAAAGUGAGAGGACUGCCAUUGCCUAGGAACAGGAUUUUCGAAGUCACUCUCUAUCAACACGAUCCCGAGUUUCUUGCAGAUAGAUACAAGCAUUACGGUGAAAAAGUAUGGUAUUUCUUCACACCAAGGGACAGAAAGUACAAGAACGGGACUAGACCAAAUCGAGCGGCCGGUGGUGGCUACUGGAAACCCACUGGAGCUGAUAAGCAUAUUACAUAUGAUAAGACUGCUGUUGGAGCUGAUAAGAAUGCCACUGUAGAAAAAGUUCUCGUCGGAUUUAGAAAGGGACUUGUUUAUUACACUGGAAAGGCACCAAGGGGUAACAAAACCAACUGGAUAAUGCAUGAGUUUAGAGUGAAUGAUCCACCUCCUCAAGUCAAAAAUCAUCAAAAUGACAUGAGGCUGGAUGACUGGGUUCUGUGCAGGAUUUUCAAGAGACAUGAGAAGCGUACUAAUGUUAAUACUGAUGUCAGAAAUCGACCAAGAAACGACGAAGAUUCUGCGAGGUCAAUUGAUGAAGAUUACGUAAACGGUCAUGAUCAUAAUACAAAUGAUCAUCUGGCUGAUAUGGAGGCUGACUAUGCUGGGGAGAUCUACGACAUUGGUACUGGUUCUUUAGACAAUUCAUUCGCAAUGUUGGAUGAUUUAAGCCCACAGCAGACUGCCCUAAGCGGAUUCUCAGAUGCUUUUAACUUUUAUCAUGCUCCUCCUAACUAUUACAGGAUGUUGCAUGAUACACAGUUACCCAGUUUGCCUGAGACAAUUGGAAGUUCUGCCCCAAUGUUCUCCAAUAUUAAUCCUGACAACUGGUCAUUCAGGCAAAACGGAUGCCAAGAUGAAUUUCUGAAUACUACAAACUGGUCUCAUCGUAACAUUGCCGACCAAUUUCUUGAUCCCUAUUCUGUCAGCCUUCGUCCCAUAAACAUUGCUCUUCCUAAUGGAAGCCUUCCUCCUACAAAUGUUGCUCCUCUUACUCGUAGCCUUCCUCCCAUGAAUACUGCUCGUCCUACUGGAAGCCUUCCUCCUAUCAAUACUGUUCUUACCAGCCGCCUUCCUCCCACAAAUCCAGCAAAUAGUCAACCAAUGUCAUCGAUGCCUUCCACAAAUCCUGCAAAUAAUCAGCCAAUGUCAGCGAUGAAUGUUGAGGCCAAACAACCCAGACAGCCACCUCAGCAUCUAUGA